AGAGGAGGCAGGGAAAAUAACAAGGCAAGGGGAGAGCUGGUGAAAGAGGGAAGAGCUAUGAAAAAGCGAGGGAGAAGGUGAAAUCACAGCAGCACAGAGGAGAGACCAAACAAGAAAGAGAGGAAGGAUGAGUGGAGGAGAGAGCGCUGAUCAGUGAAGUCUCCAGAGAGAGAAAGAAGAGAGGAGAGGAAGGAGAUGAACAAGGAGAGGAGGGUGAGCAGCCAGCGCACAGAACAUCCAUCAGCUCAGGCAGCCAUGCUCUGAGCCCUGGAGCAGAAGGGCUACGCAGACACUGCACAGGCCUAGCCCAUCAGGCCUAGCUCAGCCCUCCCGUCCCAGCCACAAACACCGGGGCAGGGACAAAAGAAGAUUCCCUGUGCCUCAGCCGUGCACAAGAGCCAUGAGGACAGCCAGGAAGGGCAGCGUGGAGAUGCCUGCGUUUGUGAGGCAGCUGGUGAAAGAGACGGAGAAGAGGGUCAGCUCUUUCUUCAAGGGGGGCCGCGGAGGAGCAGCAGAGGGGGAGCAGCCAGGGGAGGGGGAGAAGGAGGAAGUCAUCCCCAGCCCCUACCUGGACCGGCCGGUCCUGGACAAGCUGACAGAGGAGGGCUGUGCCCGCUGGGGCCUCACCUACGCUCUGGGGAGCAUGCAGGGCUGGAGGGCCAACAUGGAGGACUUCCACAACUGUGUGCCACAGCUGGGUGGAGAGCUGGCCGACUGGAGCUUCUUUGCUGUGUUCGAUGGUCAUGCAGGCAGCACAGUGGCACAGUUCUGCUCACAGCAUCUUCUGGGUCACAUCCUAGCCACAGGUGAAAUAGGGGCAGAGGACGACCCUGAAAAGGUGAAAGGUGCCAUCAUUGAGGGUUUUCUGCAAACUGACAAGCACUUGCACUCCGUGGCACGUCGAGAAGGCUGGGAGAGAGGUGGCACCACUGUGGUGGCCACUCUCAUCUCACCUUACUACAUCUACUUUGCCAACUGUGGUGACUCAAGGGCAAUGCUGUGCCGGUCCGGCCAGGUUUGCUUCUCCACUGAGGACCACAAACCCUACAGCCCUCUGGAGAAAGAGCGCAUCGAGAGCGCAGGCGGCUCCGUGUCCCUCCAACGGAUCAACGGCUCCCUGGCAGUCUCCCGUGCUCUGGGGGACUUCAGCUACAAGGGAGCAGAGAACCGGACGCCCAGCCAGCAGAUGGUGUCGCCAGAGCCUGAGGUGUGUGUGGUGGAGCGCUCGCCAGCAGAUGAGUUCCUGGUGCUCGCCUGCGACGGGGUGUGGGACACCAUCAGCAAUGAGGAGCUGUGCGCCUUCAUCCACAACCGGCUGCAAGUCUGCACUGACCUGAGGGACGUCUGCACUCAAGUCAUUGACCUCUGUCUCUAUAAGGGCAGCCUGGACAACAUCAGCAUCAUCCUGCUGUGCUUCCCUGGAGCCCCCCAGCUGUCAGCAGAGGCAUUACACCAGGAGGCCGAGCUGGAGGACCUGCUGGAGUCCAAAGUAGCAGAAAUUUAUGACGAGCUGUGUGCCAGAGGGGAGGAGCCUGACCUGCUGUCUGUCCUCACGGUCCUCGCAUCCACUGUCAUCCCUGGUUUACCACCAGGUGGAGGCAUACAGAGCAAAAGGAACUGCAUUAUUUCUGCUUACUAUCAACAAAGAGAGACACACAAGCCCACAGUACCAAAUGGCCUGGGAGGCUCCUGAGAAGCCUUGCUGGAUUUUGUCUCCAAGGAUCCAUGGAGGGACUGUAAUUAAUGUCAAUAUUAAAACUGUUUUCUUCAUGUGUGCAAUUUAAAAAAAAAAAAAAGAGAGAGAGAGAGAGAGAA